UCAGCGGCCCCGAUGUUAGCAUGCGCGCGUCAAGAUGGCGGCGCCCAUGAGCCUGUUCGGACACUAUCGGGAGGCAGGGACGGGUGCCGAAUAGGGCUUCGCGGAACGUUCCAUCCGGCUCCGCAGGGAAGAUGCUGCGCGCUUCGAUCCGAGAGAUUUCUGCAGCACUAAAAGAAGGCCAAGUAAGUCCAACAGAGCUCUGUCAGAAGUGUCUCUCCCUCAUAAAAGCCACCAGAUUCCUUAAUGCAUACAUCACUGUAGCAGAAGAGACAGCAUUAAAGCAGGCUGAAGCAUCGGAAAAGAGAUACAAGAAAGGUCAGAGUCUAGGACCUUUAGAUGGUAUUCCUGUUGCUGUGAAGGACAACUUCAGUACAGCUGGAAUUGAAACAACAUGUGCAUCUCUUAUGCUAAAAGGAUAUGUCCCCCCUUUCAAUGCAACAGUUGUCCAGAAAUUACUGGCUCAAGGAGCUAUACUUCUUGGGAAAACAAACCUAGAUGAAUUUGCUAUGGGCUCAGGGAGUACAGAUGGAGCCUUCGGACCAGUUAGAAACCCCUGGAGUUACUCUCGGCAGUACAAGGAGAAAUGCCUGCAAAACCCUAAGACUCAAAAUGAAGACGGCAACUGGUUGAUAACUGGUGGGAGCUCAGGAGGCAGUGCUGCUGCGGUGUCGUCUUUCACGUGCUUUGCGGCACUGGGUUCUGAUACAGGCGGAUCCACCAGAAAUCCAGCUUCUCUCUGUGGAGUUGUCGGGUUGAAGCCAACCUAUGGCCUAGUUUCCCGUCAUGGUCUUAUUCCGCUCGUUAACUCUAUGGACGUACCAGGCAUUUUAACAAGAUGUGUUGAUGAUGCAGCCACCAUAUUGGGUGUCCUUGGUGGCCAUGAUCUGAAAGACUCAACCACUGUGCAGGACCCCUUUCAGCCAUUUCAGCUGCCCAGUUUGACAGAGCUGAAAAAUCUUUGCAUAGGCAUACCAAAGGAAUACAAUGCACCGGGAUUGUCUCGUGAAACACUGGCACUCUGGUCCAAGGCAGCUGACCUUUUUGAGAAAGCCGGCGCCAACGUGGUUGAGGUGAGCCUGCCCCACACCUCUUACUCUAUCGUCUGUUACCACGUCCUGUGUGCAGCAGAAGUAGCAUCAAACAUGGCUCGAUUUGAUGGCUUAGAAUACGGACAUCGGAGCAGUGUUGACAAAUCAACUGAAGCCUUGUAUGCAGCGACACGUAGAGAAGGCUUUAAUGAUGUUGUAAGGGGAAGAAUUCUAUCAGGAAACUACUUCUUGCUAAAACAAAACUAUGAAAAGUAUUUCCUCAAAGCCCAGAAAGUAAGAAGGCUCAUUGCCACUGAUUUUGCAAAUGUUUUCAGUUCUGGGGUUGAUAUUUUGCUCACUCCCACUACUCUCAACCACACUGUGCCAUACAGAGAGUUCAUCAAAGAAGACAACAGGACUCGCAGCACACAGGAUGACAUUUUCACUCAGGCUGCCAAUAUGGCUGGGCUGCCGGCUGUAAGUGUUCCUUCUGCCCUCUCAGAGGAAGGCUUGCCAAUUGGGCUGCAAUUCAUUGGCCGUGCUUUCCAGGAGGCACAACUUCUUACAGUGGCCAAAUGGCUUGAAAACCAAGUGCAGUUCCCUGCCAUACAGCUAGAAAGGAUUGUGGAUCAUCUUGACAUUGUUUCUCACCAGGAACAGUCUGCAUUUUUUUCAUGAAACGUGACUGAAGGACUUAUUAAGUAAAGAGGGGGGGGGAGGGGGGAGAUUGUGGGGCAUCCAAAGCCCUAUGUUUUGAACAUAAUUUAUCUGCAAGUGAUAGCAUUCUGAUUUAAGAACCUUGAACAGAGAUACAAGCUCAAAGCAUCCAAUUUAUUUUCUGUGCAAUGAAAUUGCCAAGAGAUGUGGAACUUUAUUUUCGUUUCUAAAUUAUUGUUUAAUGAAAUGCUUCUGCCUUUGCAAUAACAAUAUUUCAGUCCAAAUGGACAAAAACAAUAAUCAGCACUGUAUCUUACACAGGAAGCUACUUUGCUCAGUGUGCAAAGGUACAAGUCAGACAGCCAUCAGAUAUGAGCCAAGCUACCUUUUGAAACCUAUAUCAACCAGGUUCCACUAUGGUACAUUUCCUGCUUCCAACAGCAGAAUAAGAGGAGCAAAAUCCUUCUCUUCAGUGCAGUCUCUUAUGCACAUCCAGAAUUUGCUCCAGAACAGCAUUUCUCAACCUGGGGGUCGGGACCCCUGGGGGUGGUCGCAAAGGGGGUGUCAGAGGGGUUGCCAAAAACCAUCAGAAAACACAUAUUUCUGAUAGUCUUAGGAACCCCUUUGGCAGAGAAGGCUGAAGAUCUCUCCGCCUGUCAUGGGGGUUCUGUGUGGGAGGUUUGGCCCAAUUCUAUUCGUGGCGUGGUUCAGAAUGGAAGGUUGAGAACCACUGCUCCAGAACAACAGGGAUUACCUCCAUCCGUCCUGGCACCAAAAUCCAUUUUUUAAUGCUGUGGAGGUCUGUGGGUUGGAAGAGAAGCUUCUAUUAACACUGGCAGAUAGACACCAUAGCAUCUCAUUUGGGGCAAGAGUGAGACACCACUUUCAAUCAGAUAACAAUUCUUUUUCAGAUAUACAGCUGGAGUCUACAUUGCGGUAUGGGAUGGGGCUGUGAGCAAAAGCGUAGAACCUUGAAAUCCCUGCAUAUUUGAUCUUACUGCUAGAAUCUCAACCUUGUUAUUUGGCUUCAGGUUAUUAUGUUGGCAAGAUUUGUCUAGAGGGGUUUACCUUUGCCUUCCUCUGAGGCUGAGUGAGUGUGACUUGCUGUAGGUCACCCUCUGAGUGUCCAUGGUCGAGCAGAGAUUCAAAACUGACCCAACAUGUCUUCAAAACAACUACAGGCAGCCCCCAAGCUAUGAACAAAAUAGGUUCUGCAGGUUUGUUCUUCAGUUGAAUUUGUACGUCGGACAGAUCAUAUACAUAUUUUUAAGUGUAACUCCAGUCAAAACCAUGUAAUGUUACCUUUGGGUAGCGUAGGGAGGGGUUAACACCCCUGUGAGGUUUGUUUUGCUGCCUGUGCCCCUGUUCAAAAGAUUUUACUUCACUUUCUGUUCCUGUGAUAAUUGGAUUUAGAAAAAAAAUGGCUUGUUGUGGAAACAAGGAUUGGUGAGAAGGCUUCAGUGGAGACACCUUUCACCCAUGAUAACUCUUUCAGGAAUGAAUUUCCCUUCGAGGGGUAGAUUUCUCUCACUUCCUGUUGUCUCACUCCUGUUCUUAACAAUUAGUAAUCUUUGAGUCGGAUGUUUGUAAAUUGGGGACUACCUGUAAUCUUCAAUUUUGCAUUUGUAUUUCAAAAUAGGUCUAUCUUCACUGUAACCUUAUUUAGCAAGAGUUCUCAUUAAUCGUGUUUUAUCUAUAUUAUUGAAUUUGAGAUUUAGCACUGGCAAAACACACGGCAAUAAUAUGACAAAUGGGCUAAUCCUGAAUUAUCCUUGUUUGUAUUCCAUUCUCUUUUUUUAAUUGGAGUUUCCAGAAAACAGUGACUUUAUUUCUUAGACCACCAUUGUGUCCCCCUUCCAACACAGAAACUGUUUAUACCCUCGUUUUAAUUGGCUUUUAAAUCAGCCUUGGACCAGCACUGACUAAAUAGGAGGUGAUGUGAUCAUUUUUUUCUUAGCAUCUUGUGUGAACACACAUACCAUCUUUCAAGAAGCUCUUUCUCCUGGGAACAUUGAUCACAGACAUCCAGGGGGCAAGUAAUUAGAGUAUGAUGAAAUUGUGUUUGCAUUGUGGGUGAAAAUGAAUCAUUGUGAACUCUAAUCUCAAUACAAAGGCCUCAUGAGAAUAAGAGGUAUUUACACAGUGCAUUAAUCAAUUUUGAAAAAACCUU